GUAACUGACCUUUCAUACAACCAUUAACCUUCAAACUUUAUUAGAUUUAUCCCUAAUAAGGCCUCAAACAUGUAGCCUGUGGGCCAGAAACGACCUGGCAGAGGGUUCAGUCUGGCCCACUGGAUUGGAUUACAAAGUGUGAAAAUAUUUAAUCUAGACAAGCUGUUAUCAACAUAAAGAAAGAGAAACUGAAUUUUAAUCAUAUACAUAAUAUAAAGGAUGGACAUAGGCAAUGUGAUGUCACUCGCUGGUUAGUGAAGUCCUGUUCUGAAGCCUCUAGCUGACACUUUUAAACCUCUUGGUCACUGUGGUGUAAACCCACAAGCAGCUUCUAUUCAGUAUCAUCUUAAACUAGCAGUUCAGCCCAUAAAGUCAAUUCAACAAGGUGCUGAAAACAUUCCUCACAGAUUUGCUUCACGUCCAUGCUCAAGACACAACAAGAAAUAUUUCUCUCUUUCGACUUUCAGACUGUGUGAUCCACGAAUUAAAAGGAGUGAGACACUUCUGUUUUACACCAAAAAUUUAGGGCUUUUUUUUUCAUAAGAGAGAAGCGUCUCUGGCGACACCCAACAAACUGAAAGGAAACUACAUCCUUGGUGUCAUGCUUACAACUUGUUGCUUAAAUUUAAGGGUGGCUGCAACUUGAUCUUUGCGGCUGCCACCAGAGGAAGAUCGAGUCCGCCGGUUACAUAUUUUUCUAAACACGUUUAUUAUUGGCAUAACCAGUCUAGAGAAACCCUUCAUGCGUUUUGCUUAUCAAAACGUCAGUGUGAAGAUUGUGUCCUCUCAAAAAGGUCUUAGUUUGGUUUUGGGACACAUCAACACCCUCCUGGACCGCUCUGAUCCGUCUGACAGCCGUCUGAGACUUUUAUGGGCUGCCACAGCUACGUCAGGGACUGCGCUUCACCGUGAAGAUGGCGGAGGCUGGGGAUACGCCACAAGUCCGGUUUUUCUGUCACUGCUGUAAAUGUGAAACAAACCCCAAACUCCCGGAUUUCGUAUGCCCCAGAUGUGACUCUGGCUUCAUUGAGGAAGUAACAGAAGACUCCAGUCUCCUGCAGACCAGCAGAGCAUCUGUUCCCAGUGAAGAUUCAAACUCACUGCUCUCAGAAUUAUGGCAGCUGCUGUUUAUGGAGCGCUCUGCUCUGCUGUCGCAUCCGCCCUCCUCCGAGUCCGACCCUGAUGACGGUGAGCAGGGAUCUGCUGGUCAGAGCCGUCUUCUUCCAGCAUCACCGGGCCCUGCUGAGGCCACAGAACCAGAGUCUCCUUCCAACCCGGAGCAAGAGACACCGUCUAGGACCUUCGAACAAAGGCCUGCAGUUGAAGGGAUGGUGCAGCAGUUCUUGGCUGGCCUGUUUGCCAACAACGGAAACCCCGGCGCUGCACCAGCUGCACUAUCCAGCAUGCUUCAGUUGUACUCAAACCCUGGAGAUUAUGCGUGGGGUCAGAGCGGUCUUGACUCUGUCAUCACGGAGUUAUUAGGACAGUUGGAGAACACAGGUCCACCCCCAGCAGAAAAGGAGAUGAUCUCAUCCCUGCCAACCGUUUGCAUCUCUCAAGAACAGACAGAUUGCAGACUGGAGUGUCCGGUUUGCAGGGAAGAAUAUUCAUUAGGGGAAACUGUAAGGAAGCUUCCCUGCCUUCAUCACUUCCACAGUGAAUGUAUAGUGCCGUGGCUGGAGCUGCACGACACUUGCCCCGUGUGCCGCAAAAGCCUCGAUGGCGUCGACAACAGCCUCCCGCCCACAUCGGAACCCGCAGAAGCCCGCUCCCUCAGGACAGAGCAACAGGAGAGGCAGGCGAUCUGAGAAACGUGAAGACAACUCUACUUCAUUUUACUGUUUUCAGGAGUCACGCCUCCCACGUCGGAAAUUUUGCUCCCCACAUCAGCUGCUUUUAAAUAAAACAGAUGUGUCAGAGUCAUAAUUUGCAGCUUUAACUCUCACUUGGUUCACGCAUCUCUGCUUAAGGAACUUCUACUCCAGCAUAGUUACCAUUUUAUGCUACAUCUGAGAGUUUGCUGACAAAAUUCAGAGGUGAUGUGUCCUCCUUGUUACGCUGCACUCUUAGGUGGUUUUCCGAAUGACUGAUUUUGAUGUCAUGAACUAAUCCCCACUGAGCUAUCUGUGGCUGUCAAAGAGGAACUCACAGAAUUAUGCAUUAUUCUCUUGGUAAGAGAGUUUCUUAAUGCAGUAUAUUGUUGACCUUUUACCUGUGUACAGCCAUUAUUAAAGCCCAACCCAGUGA